UAUGUCUGUGUGUCUGAGGGAGAGAGAGCGAGAGUGAGUGAGUGUGAGUGCGGGGUGGGGUGGUGGCCGUUACGUUCGGGGUAACGGCUACGGCAGUGGAGAAGUAAGAAGAGAAACAACGUCCGGCGCUUCCGCCUUCGCUUAGGAGGAGGAGGAGCCGGCAAGGAAAAGAAAGUGAUUCGCCCUGGGCUUGGCCUAGACGGGUCGGUAAGGUCUGGGCUAUGAGCCUUUGAGGGUCGCCUGGGACGCGGAGCGAGACACGAGAGUCGAGAGCUAUGUCUCAGCCGCCGCCGCCGCCUCCGCUGCCGCCGCCACCUCCUCCCCCUGAAGCUCCGCAGACUCCGCCGUCCCUGGCGGCGGCGGCGGCUGCUGCUCCGGGGGGGCUCUCGAAGCGGAGAGACCGGAGAAUCCUUUCCGGGAGCUGCCCGGAUCCAAAGUGCCAGGCGCGUUUGUUCUUCCCGGCCUCUGGUUCUGUCAGCAUCGAGUGUACCGAGUGCGGACAGCGGCACGAGCAGCAACAGCUGCUGGGGGUGGAGGAGGUGACCGACCCGGACGUAGUGCUGCACAACCUACUGCGGAACGCGCUGCUUGGCGUGACGGGGGCACCCAAGAAGAACACGGAACUGGUAAAGGUGAUGGGCCUGUCCAACUACCACUGCAAAUUGUUGUCGCCCAUAUUAGCUCGCUAUGGAAUGGACAAACAAACAGGCCGGGCCAAGCUUCUCCGGGACAUGAACCAGGGCGAACUGUUCGACUGCUCUUUACUGGGUGACCGCGCCUUCCUCAUAGAACCAGAGCAUGUUAACACGGUGGGCUACGGCAAGGACCGCUCGGGAAGCCUCUUAUAUUUGCAUGACACUCUUGAGGACAUCAAGCGGGCCAAUAAAAGUCAGGAAUGCCUCAUUCCAGUGCAUGUGGACGGGGAUGGACACUGCCUGGUGCAUGCUGUGUCUCGGGCUCUAGUAGGCCGGGAGCUCUUCUGGCAUGCCUUGAGAGAGAAUCUUAAACAACACUUUCAGGAGCACCUGGCCCAAUAUCAGGCCCUGUUCCAUGACUUCAUUGAUGCUGCUGAGUGGGAGGACAUUAUCAAUGAAUGUGACCCUCUGUUUGUACCACCUGAGGGUGUUCCCUUGGGCCUGAGGAAUAUCCACAUAUUUGGCCUUGCCAAUGUGUUACAUCGUCCUAUUAUUCUAUUAGAUUCCCUCAGUGGCAUGAGAAGCUCUGGUGAUUAUUCAGCCACCUUUCUGCCUGGGCUCAUCCCUGCAGAGAAGUGCACUGGGAGAGAUGGUCAUUUGAAUAAACCAAUCUGUAUUGCAUGGAGUAGCUCUGGUAGAAACCAUUAUAUCCCCUUGGUAGGCAUAAAAGGGGCUGCCUUGCCCAAACUGCCUAUGAAUUUGCUUCCUAAAGCGUGGGGUGUGCCUCAGGACCUUAUCAAAAAGUACAUCAAACUUGAGGAGGAUGGUGGUUGUGUUAUUGGAGGAGACAGAAGUUUGCAAGAUAAAUACUUGCUUAGGCUUGUUGCUGCUAUGGAAGAAGUCUUUAUGGACAAACAUGGUAUCCAUCCUAGUUUGGUUGCUGAUGUCCAUCAAUAUUUCUACAGAAGGACUGGGGUGAUAGGAGUUCAGCCUGAAGAAGUCACAGCAGCUGCUAAAAAAGCAGUAAUGGAUAAUCGCCUUCACAAAUGUUUGCUCUGUGGUGCCCUUUCUGAACUUCAUGUUCCUCCAGAGUGGUUGGCUCCAGGAGGGAAACUGUAUAACCUGGCAAAAAGUACUCAUGGACAGCUGAGGCCUGACAAAAAUUAUAGCUUUCCCUUGAACAAUCUGGUUUGCUCAUAUGAUCCAAUGAAAGAUGUUCUGGUACCAGACUAUGGAUUGAGUAACCUAACAGCUUGUAAUUGGUGCCAUGGCACAUCUGUGCGAAGGGUCAGAGGAGAUGGGUCUAUUGUGUAUUUGGAUGGAGACAGAACUAAUUCUAAGUCCACUGGUGGCAAAUGUGGUUGUGGAUUCAAACACUUUUGGGAUGGUAAAGAGUAUGACAAUCUACCAGAAGCUUUCCCUAUUACUUUGGAAUGGGGUGGAAGAGUGGUCAGAGAAACAGUAUAUUGGUUCCAGUAUGAAAGUGAUUCAUCUUUGAAUAGUAAUGUUUAUGAUGUUGCAAUGAAACUUGUUACCAAGCACUUUCCAGGUGAAUUUGGGAGUGAGAUCCUAGUUCAGAAAGUUGUCCACACCAUAUUGCAUCAGACUGCCAAAAAGAAUCCUGAUGAUUAUACUCCUGUAAAUAUAGAUGGUGCUCAUGCCCAAAGAGUUGGAGAUGUGCAAGGACAAGAAUCAGAGUCUCAGCUCCCAACUAAGAUUAUUCUUACUGGACAGAAAACAAAAACUUUGCACAAGGAGGAGUUAAACAUGAGUAAAACUGAAAGAACUAUUCAACAGAAUAUUACGGAACAGGCUUCUGUAAUGCAGAAACGGAAAACAGAGAAGUUAAAACAAGAACAAAAAGGGCAGCCCAGGACUGUUUCUCCCAGUACCAUUCGUGAUGGUCCAUCGUCUGCACCUGCUACUCCUACCAAGGCUCCCUAUUCACCUACAACUUCUAAGGAGAAGAAGAUCCGAAUAACAACUAAUGAUGGACGACAGUCUAUGGUUACUCUUAAGUCUUCAACAACCUUUUUUGAACUUCAGGAAAGUAUAGCCAGAGAAUUCAACAUUCCUCCAUAUUUACAGUGUAUUCGAUAUGGUUUUCCUCCUAAAGAGUUAAUACCACCACAGGCAGGAAUGGAAAAGGAGCCAGUUCCUUUACAGCAUGGUGACAGAAUUACAAUAGAGAUUUUAAAAAGUAAAGCUGAAGGUGGUCAGUCUGCUGCAGCACACUCAGCUCACACUGUGAAACAAGAAGAUAUUGCUGUUACUGGUAAAUUGUCAUCUAAGGAACUUCAGGAGCAAGCUGACAAAGAAAUGUACUCCUUGUGUCUUCUAGCAACAUUAAUGGGAGAAGAUGUAUGGUCUUAUGCAAAGGGACUUCCUCACAUGUUUCAGCAGGGUGGUGUAUUCUACAAUAUUAUGAAGAAAACCAUGGGUAUGGCUGAUGGCAAGCAUUGUACUUUUCCACAUCUACCGGGCAAAACCUUUGUCUAUAAUGCUUCUGAAGAUAGACUGGAGUUGUGUGUGGAUGCUGCAGGGCAUUUCCCUAUUGGUCCUGACGUUGAAGAUUUAGUUAAAGAGGCCGUAAGUCAGGUUCGAGCAGAGGCUACCACAAGAAGUAGGGAAUCAAGUCCUUCACAUGGGCUGUUAAAACUAGGUAGUGGUGGAGUAGUGAAAAAGAAAUCUGAACAGCUUCAUAAUGUAACUGCCUUUCAGGGAAAAGGGCAUUCUCUAGGAACUGCAUCUGGUAACCCACACCUUGAUCCAAGAGCUAGGGAAACUCCAGUUGUAAGAAAGCAUAAUACAGGGACAGACUUUAGUAAUAGUUCCACUAAAACAGAGCCUCCUGUAUUCACAGCUGCUUCCAGUAACAGUGAGCUUAUUCGAAUGGCUCCUGGAGUAGUAACAAUGAGAGACAGCAGGCAGCUUGAUCCUGAUUUGGUUGAGGCCCAGCGAAAAAAAUUGCAGGAAAUGGUUUCUUCUAUUCAGGCUUCAAUGGACAAGCACUUGCGGGAUCAAAAUACAGAGCAGUCUCCAUCUGAUCUUCCUCAAAGGAAAGGAGAAGUUGUGAGUUCUUCUGCAAAGUCUGGGAAUCUUCAGACUGGCUUGCCUGAAUCUUUUUCUUUAACUGGUGGCACUGAAAAUUUGAAUACAGAAACAACUGAUGGCUGUGUGGCAGAUGCACUGGAAGCAGCAUUUGCCACAAGGUCAAAAGCACAAAAGGGAAAUUCUGUGGAGGAGCCUGAAGAGAUGGAUAGUCAAGAUGCUGAGAUGACUAGCACAACUGAGCCAAUGGAUCACUCUUGAUUUAAUUAGAGGCUAAUAAAGGCAGAAUGUUUAUUGUGAAUAUGUAAUAUUUGUUGGCUGGGCCACGUAACUUGAUUAGUCAUUAAAAAUCUUGUACGUAUAUAAUUCAAAGAUUAUAUCUUGUUAUUCAGUGCAUGAUAGCAAGUGUGUGAUUGGCAAUAGCUUUUAAUAUACUGCUGCCCAGGCUGGCUCUGAAUUUCUAUAAAUUAGUUAUUAGAUCUGCUGAGAUGAGUUUCUUCCAUAUAUGUGGUUCAUUGGAAGUUCUUUGUCAUUUUAAUUCCAUGAAAGUCUUAAUGUUUCAAACGUGGAAAUUCUCUUGCUAAAUAUGUUUGAUUUCUGAAGAGGCGAGAAAUGAGGGGAAAUGAGAUUUUGCUAAUGGUGAUGUCAUCAAGGUAACCAUCCCACUUAUUUUUUAGAGUGUCAAAAGAUUUAUGUAAAUUUGAAGAUGAUCUGAACGAAAUUGUAUCUUAAAUUUCAUAAGAUGGUUAGACAGUGAGAUACUGAAACAUUUCAGUGAACAUAAACACAUUCAUAGAGAUAUGUAUUCUUGGCAAAAAUAUCUUGAGAAUAGAAUGUAACAAUAUAAUAUUUUGCUGAUUUGAGCAAGGUUGGGGAAAAAUAUCUAUUCUAGAACAAUAAAGUCAAUGUGAUUCAGUUGUGUUGCUGUCUGAGCCAACACAGCCAGUUGUGUGCUCUGUUGUUGAUAAUAUGUUACCAUUAGUUUUUGAAUCCUGGCCUGGUCAAGUACCACCUAUUUUUUUUUUUUUUUUCUAAUCUUGCAGAAAAGUUGAUUCCAAUGUGUGGUAGAAAAGAAAUAAUGGUAGCAGUAGUUAAUCUCUAAUUUUCAGAGUUUGUCAGAUUCACAGAGAAUUUAUAAAUAAGAAUUUACCUUUAUGAGUGAGUUACAUUGUUCUACAAUUUUGAUCAAUGGUAUUUAAGCCUGUAUAUGCUAAGUGUCUUUGAGCCCCUUUGAACCAAAAAUGUUUCCUUUUUUUGUUAAGAGUCCAUAAGGUUUUCUUUAUUUGUUGGCUUCACUUGGGUUUGGAUGCAAAUUUUAACUGCAUCAUACCCUGAUCAACUGGGCAUUUGCUUAAAUAGCAUAUUCAUCAAACCUUUAGUGCCAAUUUCCUUGAGAAGCAGCUUUCAUGCUUAUUCCUUCAAGACAAAGAGUGUUUAUCCUGAGAUUGGUAUUGCACUAUUUUAUCCUAUUCUGCAAAUCUGUAUUCUGAAAUGUAUAUUUCAACCCAUCUUCUUCCUCUGUUCAUUGAAAUUAAGUUGAAUUUGAAUGGAUGAAAGACAAAAUGUAUGUUAAUACAAUCUCUUACCUAGAGCAAAGCCUGGCUGUCUCUGUUUGCACAUGUAACAGAUGCAGAACUGUAUUUGCAAUUCUAAGAAAAUGUACAUCAGAAAGUAUAUUAUCAGGUGUUUAAAAAUCUCUACCUGUUGAUUCAUAAGGGAUAUAGACAGUACUUUAAACUUGUUUUUCCAGAUCAGGGAUGUUUUGGUCUUCUUUCUGUGAAAGUAUCUCUAACUGAAUCUACUUAUUAAAUGAACUCCAUUUUGAAUAAGGAAAGAAUGGAGAAUCUAGACAUUUUACAAAUGUAUCUGCGCAAGAUAUAUAUAUUUGAGUUAGUUUUUAUCACAUUAUCACAUAUUUUUCUUUAUAAUAUCUUAUCUCCAUUCUUACUAAAUUUACUUUCAAGCAUCUUUCUCUAUAUCAAAAUAGGAAAAUUUAGAUAUUUUAUAUUGUGUACUAGUUUUGCAUAAAGUAAGAGCUGCAGCUACCAAAUAAUAUUUGCCACUUAGUAGAAGUGGCUUCUGUGUAUUAAACUAAAAAUUACAAAUAUCAUUUCACUAACCACUAUUAUUAAUUAUGGCUUUUUCAGCCACUGAACCUUUUUUUUUUUAAUUUAAGUAUAGGAAAACUGUUUAUAAUAAGCAAAAAACGCACUGCUUCCAAGUAAAUGAUAUAAUCAUCUUUUGUUUAACAAAUAUUUUCUUCACCUGUGGCUUAGUAUGUUUUGUUAAUAACUGACAAAAUCUCAUAGCAUUAAAGUAAAAAUAUCAGAAACAAAUUUUAUCUCCCUGUUCAAUGCUUACAUUUAGUGUAAACGAGAAUGCACAUGUGAAUGAAGAUGGGCUUAAUCUCUGACAACACUAUUAGUUUCUUUAGUCACAGCAAUGCUAUUUAAAAGCCAAGUUAAGUAUGAAUAGUAUCAUAACAGUUUGAGUUCUCCCUUAAUAAAACAUAAAAGACUGAACUCUGAGAAGUGAUCAAAUUUCUUGAAAUUAGUUUAAAUCAGCUGAAAAUUUGGUUGUGGUAAUUAAUGGUUUUUGAGAAGUGGGCCAGUUAUCCUCACAAAGAAGUUUUAGAACAGGGGUUAACUUUUUAAGUAUCAUCCUUUGUCUUUCCAUAUGGUUAUCAUAACCAAAUAUAUGACUACAAAAUGAUUAUUUUUUAGUACUACCAUUUGUAAUAUUGCACUUGGAGUCCAAGCUAGAGAUCUCAAAUCAAUUAAAAUAUUUUUUUAGCCCUAGGUGUAAAAUUAUAACUAUAAUUCAGUCCUAUAAUUAAAUUCUAUUUGCAGCGUUUCACUGAACUUUGAAAUAAAGUCAUAAAUUUUUUUCUUCAGUAAUUUGUUCUAUAGUUAAUCAUACCAAGUUUGAGUUGAUGACCCAAAGGCCCGAUGGUAUUGAAGAUGCCAUAUGAGUAGAAUACUGGUAAUGAGAAAUUAGUUGAAACUGAAGAAAACAAGACACUGCCAAAUAUUGUGAGAUAGAAUAUAGGUAACUCCAAGAGAAUACUCAGGAACUAGUUCAAGAGCAAGCCUAAGGCCCAUUUUCCCAACUUUCACUAUGUUUCAGGUAUUUUAUUGGAAAAUGUUAGGGUAGAGGCCUGAGAAAUUUAGCAACUGCUAUUGACUGAAAUUUGCUUUAUAUCUUCUGAUGAUUCUUAGUUUGAUUUUUACAAUCAAGCGUAUUGCUUACGGUUAAGAUAUCUGAAAUGCAUCUGUGAUUCCUGGCCACAGGUCCUUAUUGCCAUUAUUUUUAAGUAUCUGACUUCAUUGGAGAUGAGCAGUGACUUGCAUAUGAUCUCUUACCUCAGGGAAGAUCACUUGCUAGCAACUCAUACUACUAAUGACAAGUUUCUAAGAAUUGUGCUGACAUAUCACGUUAGCUACUAAAUACAAAAUUUAUAACAGUAUUGUUUUAUGUAGUUACCCACUAAUAUUACCUGCUAGUGAAUAUUUCUGUAAAUAUCUAAACCUCACUAAGAGCUAACCAUUAGGUAUGAUAUAAACUUUUAAUGCCUGUCAUUAAUAAAUAUCAUAAAAUGUUUAUUUCAGGCUAUAAUAUAGUUUUUUCAUUUUCAACAGUAAUUUUAACUGUUCUAUAUUUAAAAUACUGCAGCACAGAUUUUGAGUUUCAUGGUUUUCAAAGCAAGGUUUCCAUUGCAAGAUUUUCAUAAAAUCAAAGCCUUUACAAAUUGGAUUAAAUUCCACUCAUCUUAAUAUGAAUUUAAAAUGACCUUUUAUAAUAGUAGUAGUGAGGUACAUAUUCUAAAUAAGUUGGAUAGACAUAUCCUGCCUUUCAAGGUUAUCAUACAAUUUAACAAAAUUAUACAACCUCAAGGCUCUUCACAAUUAAUAUAAGAAAUUAAUCUUACAAACAAGAACUAUUCACAUGAAAAUAUGCCAUAGUAGAAUGUAUAUUUAGGAAAUAAAAUAACAAAGGGGAGCUAUAUCACCACUAAGCUGUAAAGUUAAUUGGAAGUUCUGCCAUUCUUGAUAAUUCUUCAAGAUGCUAAGUGUUUCAGUUCACAUUUAAUGAUACUUAAAUCGUGGGGAUUUUAAUGUUUGUUCCAAAAUAGCAGAAAUUGUAAAAAUUGUGAAUUAUUGGAGAAAAUGCCAUUACUUGUAUAUCUGACAUUUAAAUUUUUAAAUUAUGGAGUCUACAUGCUUUUGUAGUAUAAUAUUAAUACAAUGAUUAUUCUCUUGUAAAAGAAAAGAAAACUUAGUAAAGAAAAAAGUUUUAGUUGAUGUUACCUGCUUGUGAGUAUCAAUUACUUAGUUUUUAAAAUUUUAAGGUAUUGCAUACUUUUCUUUAGACUGCAGAAAUCCCUUCCUGAGCCUUUAUGCCUGUGGUAGAGCAAUAAGAGACUGAAAAGGUUAUCGAUAUUUUCAGGUUUAUUUGAUUAAGAAUUAGUGCCAAGAACUGGAGAAUCUACUUUCAGAGGGAAAUGCUAUUUAGAAUUUGUAAAAAUAAGUGGUAAUAGUGUAAAUAUCUAGAAAAAUUAAAUAGCAAAUGCUUUAACUGCUCAAUAAAAUAGUAUAGAUGCUAUAUCAUCCUUAA